CCCGCCCAUACAAAGAAACCCGGACUCUCAACUCCCAAUACCCUCACUCUCCCUCCUCUACUACUCUCUAAAAAAAAAAAAAAAAAAAAAAAUGAAAAAAAAAAAGAACCGGCAAAACAUCCUAGAUCUGGUCAAAGAAUUAGUCAAUCGCUUACUCUCACAAAACCCUCAAAACCCUAAACCCCCAAUUUCUAACCCUAACUCUCCUGAUUUCCAAAAUUCUCUUCGCUACGCAAUCCGCAUUCUCUCCAGCAGAUUAACCCCAUCGAUUGCCCCUGAUGCCGCCUCAAUCUCUGAAUCAAUCAAGCGUGGUCUUGCCACUCAAGGUAAAUCCUCCCAAGCUCUCACUUUCGCUGAGUUAUACAACAAAUUUGCAUCGAAAACGGGACCGGGAAGUAUUGAUAACAAAUGGGCAGUUCUUUAUUUGCUUAAAAUCAUUUCUGAAGAUACAAAAAUUGCACAAAAUGCUCCAAAUUCCACGCUUUUGUUACCUAAUUUGGGGUUAAAUGAGCUUGAUUUGAGCAAUGAAUCGCGGAUUUCCCGUGAUUUUAAGAGAAGGGAAAAGGGUUAUGAUAAUGGGGUUUUGUUGGUUAGUAAAGAUCCGGAGAAUUUGCUUGAAAUCGCAUUUAGAGAGUUCGUUAAUCUGGUGAGAGAGGAAAAUGAGGUGUCCGAAGAAGUUUUAGUGAGAGAUGUGUUAUAUGUUUGUCAAGGGAUUGAUGGGAAAUACGUGAAGUUUGAUGCAAAUGUUGAUGGGUAUGUUUUAUCAGAUUCAAUCAAGGUUCCAAGAGGUACAAGGGUUAUGGUUAGGAAGUUGUGUGAGUUGGGGUGGUUGUUUAGGAAAGUUAAAGGGUAUAUUUCAGAGAGUAUGGAUCGGUUUCCAGCUGAAGAUGUGGGAACUGUAGGGCAGGCAUUUUGUGCUGCGUUACAGGAUGAGCUUUCAGAUUAUUAUAAGUUGUUGGCUGUGCUUGAAGCGCAGGCAAUGAAUCCAAUUCCGUUGGUUUCAGAGUCAACUAGUUCGUGUAAUUAUUUAUCAUUGAGGAGGUUGUCAGUUUGGUUUGCUGAGCCAACACUGAAAAUGAGGUUGAUGGCUGUUUUGGUUGAUAAAUGCAGAGUCUUGAGGGGUGGGGCCAUGGCUGGGGCUAUACAUUUGCAUGCCCAGCAUGGCGAUCCAUUGGUGCAUGAGUUCAUGAGGAGUUUACUGCAGCAUGUUUGUUCACCACUUUUUGAAAUGGUUAGGAGUUGGGUUUUGGAAGGGGAGUUGGAGGAUAUUUUUGCUGAGUUCUUUGUUGUGGGUCAGCCAGUGAAAGCUGAAUCACUUUGGAGAGAAGGUUACAGGCUCCAUGCUGGAAUGCUUCCUUCAUUCAUUUCACAACCCCUUGCUCAGCGCAUUUUAAGGACUGGGAAGUCAAUAAAUUUCCUUCGUGUCUGUUGUGAUGAUCGUGGUUGGGCUGAUACUGCAACCGAGGCUGCUGCUGCUGCUGGGACCACUACUAGAAGAGGGAGUCUUGGAUAUGGUGACACUGAUGCACUUGAAACUCUGGUUGUUGAAGCAGCAAAGAGAAUUGACAAGCAUCUGUUGGAUGUUAUGUACACGAGGUAUAAAUUCAAAGAACACUGCCUUGCAAUCAAGCGUUAUUUACUGCUGGGGCAAGGUGAUUUUGUCCAGUAUUUAAUGGAUAUUGUUGGGCAGGAACUUUCUGAGCCUGCUAAUACAAUUAGUUCAUUCCAGUUGGCAGGGUUGCUGGAAAGUGCAAUUCGAUCAUCCAAUGCUCAGUAUGAUGAUCCUGACAUAUUAGAUAGGUUGAGGGUGAAGAUGUUGCCGCAUGGUACUGGAGAUAGAGGUUGGGAUGUAUUCUCCUUGGAAUAUGAUGCCAGAGUACCAUUAGACACAGUGUUUACAGAAUCUGUUAUGGCAAGAUAUUUAAGAAUUUUUAAUUUCCUGUGGAAGCUGAGGCGAGUGGAGCAUGCACUUAUUGGUGCGUGGAAGACAAUGAAACCUAAUUGUAUUACUUCUCAUUCUUUCACCAAGCUGCAGCAUGCAGUUAAGUUGCAGUUACUCUCAACACUGAGACAAUGCCAGGUCCUUUGGAAUCAGAUGAAUCAUUUUGUAACAAACUUGCAAUAUUAUAUCAUGUUUGAAGUUCUAGAGGUUUCAUGGUCUAACUUCUCAAAUGAGAUGGAAGUAGCGAGGGAUCUUGAUGAUCUACUUGCAGCACAUGAUAAGUACCUCCACUCAAUUGUAGAGAAAUCUCUUCUUGGUGAACGAUCUCAAUCCCUUUACAAGUCACUAUUCGUCUUGUUUGACCUUAUACUGCAUUUCAGAAGUCAUGCAGAUCGGUUGUGUGAAGGAAUUUACGAGUUACAAGCAAGAACCAGGGCAUCCUCUCUAUCCUCUCAAGACAAGACAAAAUCACGAAGGCAGACAAGAGAUAAUAUGUCGGAGCCUGGAUCGUGGUUUAGUGAUGGCAGGAAGGCCCUAGAACAACGUGCUGGUGAAUUUCUUCAAAAUAUGGGGCAGGAACUGGAAGCAAUAUCAAAGGAAUAUACUGUGUUGCUUGAAGGUUUCUUGUCUCAGUUGCCUGUGCAGCAACAUGUUGAUUUGAAAUUCCUCUUCUUUCGGCUUGACUUCACUGAAUUUUAUAGUAGGUUGCGUCCUGGCACAUGGCAAAACUGUUAAUACACCUGAGUUUAAUCCAAUUUGCAACUCAAGGCAUGAACAGAAUGCAGUUAUUUGCUGGACCUUAAGUGAAGAAUUAUGCAAUGUCAUGCUGAUGCCAGGAUUGACCUUUAUAUUUCACUGCAUGAUUUUUGAUUGUUUGUGCUCCUUUCUAAGGGUUUACGAGAAAGUUUGUGAUCAUGUUAGAGGUAUUUUUAUAUCAUUAAAUGAGAUUCUUAAAAUCAGUGCAAAUAUUUGGAUGUGAUAGUCCAAUUAUUGUUGGUACUUUUCUUCUUAUUGUUGCAAGCUGUUUAUACUGAGCUUGUGCCUCUGUUUCAUAGUUAUGUAUUGGCUAAAUGCUAAUCAUUGUGAUAUAUGAUUUGGUUUUGCAUGUGUUUGUUUUUUCAAUCCCGAGUUCCUGACACUUGAUACUUACGUGUUAUUUGGGUUGUGGUGGCUGCAUUUAGUGGUUGCUGCAAUAAACAUAUCAUAAUUCCUUGUGUUGCUGGGAAGCUGUCCUUGCAAUGAAAACUGUGGUCUUGUCACAAGGGAUUGUUAACGGGCCCAUGCUAUCUCAAUAUCCUUCUUGCUGGCACACGAAUGAGCAAGACUGUUCAUUAAAUUAUAUCAUCAUAAAGAUUUGAGCUUGUAUGAUUAUUACCUAUUGGGAAAAGGCUCUUUUGCAUACAACAUAGAUGGCUUGUGUUGCUGGAGAAUUAGAAUGAGGUGAAAGCAAAUACCCAGUUGAAGUCUUGAAGAGAGAUCAAAGUGAAAUCACAGAGACAAAGGAAGCACCUCAUGCAUGCUUGACAGGGUGCCUCCCAUAAGCCAAAGAGUGGAGUGGUGUAUUAUUCUUUCUAGGACUGGUAGCACUUUGGUGAGAGUGUCCCUUAGCCCAUGGAAUAUUUAUUGAGUGUUUGCUUGUCUAGCUGAAUAUGUUAGCUUAAAUGUUUAAGCCAGUAGUGCCGGUUUCAUUUUUGUCUACCCAGUUUGACAAGUGAUAUUGCUAUGUUAUAAAGUUAUAGAGAAGCAUAAGAUUAGAAUGAGGUUUAAAAUUGAAAAACAUUCUACACUAAGUUAAGGCUUCAUUAGCUUUUGAUGAAAACUUGAAAAUAAUGUUUCUUCCUUCCUCUGGUGUCGUCCAUGAGAUGCUGCAAUUUUUCAGAGAAUCAUAAGUGGUUCUGCAGCGUUGCUUUCUUUGUAUAUUUAACUCAUCAUACAGUUGAGCACCCUGA